GCGCGGGCGGCGGUGGGAGCGGUGGCUGCAGGAGCAGCAGCAGCGGUACCCCGCGCCCCGAGUCCCCGAAGCAGCCGACUACGCCACCCCCACCGUCGAACGGUGGGGCCGGACCCGCGCCACUAGGCAGGACCUGUGUGUGCCGUCUCUCGGCGACGGAAUCCUGGCAAGCCCCAUCGCCUUAACGACUCCGGACUCGCCUGCUGAGUUUGCCUGCAGGAGAGGGAGGCCGAGCGGCGGAGUGCACUCCUGCUCUUCUUUACCAUCUCGUGGAUAUCUUCUCCCGGGUCCUGAGAGAACUUUCCAGUGGACCGGAGUGCCCUUUGCAGAGGGGAGAACAGAAGGAAGGGAAGUAAGAAGGCCGAGGAGGAAGGGGCUGAAAGGGAGGGUGCGGGGCGCGGCGCCCUGAUGCGCCCCAGGCUAGAGGAGCAGAGGGCGGUUGCGGGACUGCACUGCGAGGAGUAGCCCCGUCCGUCCUGGAGGGUUUGUGCAACCGCGGAGAACACCGAGUGCCGGUCGCACGGGGCGUGACGAGGCGCCUCCCGGCGCGCCCUCCGCACUUUCUCCGCCUAGUCAUCCCUCGCUCCCCAACGGGGGCUGAGGCUCCGGACCCGCCGGACGGGGAGCCUCUGAUUCGACCCUGACUUCGCUGUCUCUUAGGGGCUGUAAGCUCCUGGCCGAAGGCGCGGCGCGGACCCGCGGGAGUUAGCCUGGAACGCCGCCGGUUUGUUAGUGUGUGGGGUUAGUGGGGGCGCCGCGCCACCUGCACCUCGCCUGCCACCACCGCCGCCGCCGCAGGGAAAACCUGGAGAGGAGGCCGACCAGGAGAAGACCAAACAACAGCCCGUCUGGAUUUGUCUGCCCGGGACGGUGCCCGGAACGCGGAUCGCCGAGGGGAGCGCAGCAGGAGCCCCCACGCCCCCACUUCUGCCUUGGCCACGCGGUUUGUGGUAUAGCCCCAGCGCACUGUCCCCGGGCGCCCGCGUCUCUGUGCACAUUCUAGGGACAACCGGGCCCCGGGCGGUCCACUAUGUGGCCCUGAGGGCUGGAGCCCGCACCAGCAGGAACAGGAGCAGCGGCCGGCGCCUAGUGGCCGGUGCGCCCCGCCGAGCGCGCUUGCGUGCGUGGCCAGCGCGCCCCCAACGUUCCCCACGUUUGCUUGGCUUUCCUGCUUAGUUUUCCUCCGCGGGAUUAAAGUUGGAAAUUGAGCGGAGAAUUGAGUUGUCCGGGAACAGAGCCGCGGCUGCCGCCAGAGCAAUGUUCCCGCAAAGCCGGCACCCGGGGAGGGGAGGGCGACGCGGUCUGGCUUGGUCCUGCCCAGCCUUCUAGCAGUUCUUUCCAUCGGGAGUGACCCAGUCGCACUUAGCACGAUCCGCCUUGGAGGCCCGAGGAUCUUCAGAGCCUCUAGAAGAUGGGGGCCAGGGGAAGACCUACUUUCUCCUCCUCCAAAACGCCGCACCAGGCUGCAGGCCAGCCCUUCAAGUUCACUAUCCCGGAAUCUCUGGAUCGGAUUAAAGAGGAAUUCCAGUUCCUGCAGGCGCAGUACCACAGCCUUAAAUUGGAAUGUGAGAAACUGGCAAGUGAAAAGACAGAAAUGCAGAGGCACUAUGUGAUGUAUUAUGAAAUGUCAUACGGAUUAAACAUUGAAAUGCAUAAACAGACUGAAAUCGCCAAGAGAUUGAAUACGAUUUGUGCACAAGUCAUCCCAUUUCUGUCUCAGGAACAUCAACAACAGGUGGCCCAGGCUGUUGAACGUGCCAAACAGGUGACCAUGGCAGAGUUGAAUGCCAUCAUCGGGGUACGUGGCCUACCAGGUCUACCUCCUACACAGCAGUUGCAAGCUCAGCAUCUCUCUCAUGGCCACGGACCCCCAGUACCUCUCACACCUCACCCUUCGGGACUGCAGCCUCCUGGCAUCCCACCCCUCGGGGGUAGUGCCAGCCUUCUUGCGCUGUCUAGUGCUCUGAGUGGGCAGUCUCACUUGGCAAUAAAAGAUGACAAGAAGCACCAUGAUGCAGAGCACCACAGAGACAGAGAGCCGGGCACAAGCAAUUCCCUCUUGGUUCCAGACAGUCUGAGAGGCACAGAUAAACGUAGAAAUGGGCCUGAGUUUUCAAAUGACAUCAAAAAAAGGAAGGUGGAUGAUAAGGAUUCUAGCCAUUAUGACAGUGAUGGUGAUAAAAGUGAUGACAACUUAGUUGUGGAUGUGUCUAAUGAGGACCCUUCUUCUCCACGAGCAAGUCCUACCCAUUCACCACGGGAGAAUGGAAUCGACAAAAACCGCCUGCUGAAGAAAGAUGCUUCCAGCAGCCCUGCGUCCACAGCCUCCUCGGGAAGUUCCACUUCUUUGAAAUCCAAAGAAAUGAGCCUGCAUGAAAAAGCCAGCACGCCUGUUCUGAAAUCCAGCACUCCGACGCCUCGGAGCGACAUGCCAACGCCGGGCACCAGCGCCACUCCAGGCCUCCGUCCAGGCCUCGGCAAACCUCCAGCCAUGGAGCCCCUCGUCAACCAAGCGGCAGCUGGUUUGAGGACGCCCCUGGCAGUGCCCGGCCCGUACCCUGCUCCCUUUGGGAUGGUCCCCCAUGCUGGCAUGAACGGCGAGCUGACCAGCCCCGGUGCCGCCUAUGCCAGUUUACACAACAUGUCUCCUCAGAUGAGUGCUGCUGCCGCUGCAGCUGCUGUGGUGGCCUACGGGCGCUCCCCAAUGGUUGGUUUUGAUCCUCCCCCCCACAUGAGAGUACCUACCAUCCCUCCCAACCUGGCAGGAAUCCCUGGGGGAAAACCUGCAUACUCCUUCCAUGUCACUGCAGACGGCCAGAUGCAGCCUGUCCCCUUUCCCCCUGAUGCCCUCAUUGGACCCGGAAUCCCCCGACACGCUCGCCAGAUCAACACCCUCAACCACGGGGAGGUGGUGUGUGCAGUGACCAUCAGCAACCCCACGAGACACGUGUACACGGGUGGCAAGGGCUGCGUCAAGGUCUGGGACAUCAGCCACCCUGGCAACAAGAGCCCCGUCUCUCAGCUGGACUGUCUGAAUAGAGAUAAUUAUAUCCGUUCCUGUAAAUUGCUACCUGAUGGCUGCACUCUCAUAGUGGGAGGGGAAGCCAGUACUCUGUCCAUUUGGGACCUGGCAGCUCCGACCCCGCGCAUCAAGGCAGAGUUGACAUCUUCAGCCCCUGCCUGCUAUGCCUUGGCCAUCAGCCCCGAUUCCAAGGUUUGCUUCUCGUGCUGCAGCGACGGCAAUAUUGCUGUGUGGGACCUGCACAAUCAGACACUAGUGAGGCAAUUCCAGGGCCACACAGAUGGAGCCAGCUGUAUUGACAUUUCUAAUGAUGGCACCAAGCUCUGGACAGGAGGUUUGGACAACACGGUCAGGUCUUGGGACCUGCGCGAAGGGCGGCAGCUGCAGCAGCAUGACUUCACCUCACAGAUCUUCUCCCUGGGAUACUGCCCAACUGGGGAGUGGCUGGCUGUGGGCAUGGAGAGCAGCAACGUGGAAGUUCUGCAUGUGAAUAAGCCCGAUAAGUACCAGCUGCAUCUCCAUGAGAGCUGUGUGUUGUCCCUGAAAUUUGCUUAUUGUGGUAAAUGGUUUGUAAGUACUGGAAAAGACAACCUCCUCAAUGCUUGGCGGACCCCCUACGGAGCCAGUAUAUUCCAGUCCAAAGAGUCCUCGUCAGUGCUUAGCUGUGACAUCUCUGUGGAUGAUAAAUACAUAGUCACAGGCUCUGGGGACAAGAAGGCUACAGUUUAUGAAGUCAUCUACUGAAAUCAUUAUGUGGCUUAACGUUUAUAGUUGAAUUGGGCCAAAAUGUUUUGAAUUUAUAGAAAUAGAGAAGUCGUAACUUUAAAAGAACAACAACAAAAAAAGACAUUAAAGAACCUAUUUCCAAACCUUGACACAAAACUACUUGGAGUCUAUGAAGAGGAGGCAACGAGUCCAUCAACAGACUGUCUACCCACCUAGACCAAGUGGAGCACUGAGAUCUCAUGGACAGAGGGGCCACGGGUGUGGGAUUUGUGGAACAGAAUCUGCUGCCUGUGCUAUAGCCCAUUCUUUUCUUUCUGGGGGAUCUGUUGCUCACACCUUGCCUAGUGUGAGAUUGCCUUUCUGUUCCUUGCAGUUCACCUCACGUUGCGUCCUUUGUAGAGCAGUGGUAUCUCCAAUGAACUUGUUUGCCGGUUUUGCAUCUUGUGAUUUUUUUUUUUUUUGUAUUUUUGUUGGAGGUUAAACAUUUGUAUAAAUUGUAAAUAUAUUUGGUUUAUUACAGUAAAGGCUUUAGUACCAAUAAGUGGCUGUCUUUUUCUAUUAUUGUUUUUAAUUAAAGCUUUGGGAUUGUAGAUGUGGGUUUUAUAAGCAAAGUUUGAACAUUGGUAGAGACGUUUUAAAUGCACUUCUUAUCUUAUAAGUACAUUUGGCCAUGGACUUCUGUUACAUUAGAGCCGAACCCAUCAAAUACUUCAGAGUUAACAGAAGCUGAAGAAUAAGAAUUGUGAGUAACUGAAGGUAUAUUAGUAACAAUUUAAUUUAGGAAGCUAAAUUACUUCAUCAAGACUCAUUCUUUGUUAUUAGACUCCUGUGAUUCAAGGUCACAAAUUAAAUUUCUACAUUUUCCUGUUGAUUCAUUGGAAGACAGAAUGUGUCUUUUCUCUGGGAAGGCUCUAUCCUUUCAAGUCUAUAUUUCUGUUCACAAUCUUUGCAUUUUAAGAACUAUAGGAGACUUGAGUUUUGUGCUAUGAUUUAUCAUGCCCAGAAAGCUGUAGAGAGUUCAUUACCCUGUAAAAGGAAGGUGGAAAGUCAGCUGGUUUUAUUGUUUGUUCUAUUCUAUUAAUUUACUUAAUCCAGCCAUGCCCAGCACUUAGUCCUACUCAUUUCAUUAAGGCUGUCCCUAUAGCUCCAGCCAUUGCGAUCCAUCAUUAGUCUUUGGGCUUUAUCUUUGUGAGCAAGCUUUUACUAAUUUGAUUAGGUGAAAUCUGUAACCCUGGGCUUUUAAUAAGUUACUAAGCAUGCUUCCUCCUGACAAGGUUACAUGACUCAUUUUGUAUACCUGUUAUUUACUGUCGUAUUUUAGAAAAGAAUGGCAAAUAAUUUUAAGCCAGUUUUCUGAGCUAGUUAAAAAUA